GCGCUGGAAACAGGAGCGUGUUUGUGUGUCAGUCACAUCUGACUUUCAUCACCAGAGGAAUGAAGUGAAGAGAAGGAGGGACGACUCUGACGUGGACUCACUUUUUAAGUAUUUUAUUAAUGGUCUGCAGCAGCUGUUUUUUUGUGUUUUUUUGUGUGGUUUUUUUUAAACAAACCUGAAUAUGCCAGCCGGUACUUUGGAAAGAACAUCUCCAUCCGCUGUGGCUGCCACUCCGACAAAUGGCAAGUCCGCAACCGAAAAACCCCGGACUCUGGCGGAGAGCAGAAAGUCCUCCAAACCAAUCAUGGAAAAGCGAAGACGUGCACGCAUCAAUGAGAGUCUGGGUCAGCUGAAGACCCUCAUCCUGGACGCACUGAAGAAAGACAGCUCCAGACACUCCAAACUGGAGAAGGCAGAUAUCCUGGAGAUGACUGUGAAGCACCUGAGGAACCUGCAGAGACACCAGAUGACCGCUGCCGUCAACACAGAUCUGUCUGUCCUGGCUAAAUACAGAGCCGGCUUUGGUGAGUGUGUUGGAGAGGUCACUCGAUUUCUGUCCACCUGUGAGGGCGUGAACACAGACGUGAGGACUCGCCUGCUCAGCCACCUGGCUGCCUGCGUGACCCAGAUCAACACGGUCAGCUUUUAUGGACCUCACCCUGGCUCUCUUGGACAGACCACUGCACAGAUUUCAGCCACUUCAGCCACACAGAUGCCCUGCAAAAGUGGCUCAUUAGCGAUGCACGUCUCUCCGGAAGCGAUGAAGCUUUAUGGGGGAUUCCAGGUUUUGCCGCUGGCUGAUGGACAGGUCACUUUUCUCGUUCCCAGUGCGGCUCUUGUACCUCUGAGUACUCAGAACAGCCACCAUGCAUCACCUGUUGCUCCUCCGGUCACCUCAGACUCUGUGUGGAGACCGUGGUAGAAAAUCAGCUCAAUGGACUAUCAGACAAUACAUAUAUUUGUACAUUUUGUAAAUGUUGUCGCUGUUUUUGUUAAAGAACCAACCUGAAAAGGAUGUUUACACUUAUUUGUGUUUUUAUAUGGACAUUAUGAGAUUUUCUUGGCCUUUUUUUCUUGUUGUGAUUUUCUGUGGUUUUUGCUAUGGCACUAUUCAUUUGCAUCAGAAGGUCAAGUAGACCUAUAAAGA